CCACAAACGAAUCUGUCAUCCCAUCUUUUGGUGCCUUUGAUCUUGGAUCUUGUAUACUUCAAGAUCAUCCAACGCCCAUCUUUCGCCAUUUUCAUUGCAAUCACGUCUUUGACGGCCUCCUUCUGAUUGGUACAUCUUUUCCAUCCCUACUGAUCUGUCACCACCUGCGCACGGGCGAUAUCCCGACCCAGGCCACCAUGUACUCCCGGAAGGACUACAACGCGACGGAAUGUGGCAUGUACGCCAGAGAUGAUAAGGAUACAACGUCCGCAACGCUCAAACAUCUCGAAUACCUUCCAUCCUCUACCUCCACUGCGAAACCAUCCGUAUCCUUAAUUCCACGGACCUCUCGCGCCCGCCUAUCCCAACCAGACGUCUCACCCAGUCCCUUCCCCGAUGAACCGAUCCCAGUACCCGCUGUGGCGGAUGUGGGCAAACUCCCAUCAUCCAGCACCGUCCUAUACCUUGCCUAUGGCUCCAACAUGUGCGCCGAAACCUUCCUCGGCAUGCGCAAGAUCCGUCCCCUCAGCCAAGUAAACGUCUCGGCGCCUUCGAUCCGUCUGACCUUCGACCUGCCCGGUAUUCCUUACCUGGAGCCCUGCUUCGCCAACGUCGCUUUGCGGAAGCUGCCCAAGAAGCCACCAGUGAUUCCUAUCCCGCCUGUCGAUCCGCCCCAUCUUCCAUCUCCGGGACCCCAACCACCGGCCCAGGGAAACCCGGGGGGGAAAAGUGCAGACUCGGAUUGGAACAUGGACACGGGCGGUCUUAUCGGCGUAGUCUACGAAGUAACAGCAGAAGACUACGCCCGCAUCAUAGCGACCGAAGGCGGCGGAGCCAGCUACCACGAGAUCUUGGUCCCCUGCAUCGAACUGCCUGCGCCCGUUCGGAUCCCCGAACAUCCCCGCCCGGACUUGCCCAAACCUUUUCUGGCGCGGACGUUGUACGCUCCUCAGGUGCCUGAUCUCCCCGACGAUGGCAACGAUCCUAAGCACCCCUAUCCUAAGCCUCCCGGAGGCUUGGAUUCUACUAUUACCGGCGGAGACUCCGACCCCAAAGACCCCAAAGAACCACCAAACCUUCCCCCCAAAUGGCGCCAGGCGUUAUCUAAACUCCUUCUCCCCAUACACCGCCCCCAAACUCCCCCAACUCAACCUUCCCUCCGCUACCUUACCCUCCUCCGCUCCGGCGCCAUCGAGCACGAACUCCCGCCCGCUUAUCAGUCCUACCUAAACAACCUCGAACCCUACACGGUCACCUCCACCCGGCAGCAACUUGGUCGGCUGAUAUUCAUGGUCGUCUGGAUGCCGCUUUUCUUCAUUGUGUUGAAGUCUACGAAAUGGGUUGCUGAUGAUAAGGGCAAGGUUCCGGGGUGGGUUGCGGGGAUGAUGAGCGUGAUGAUGCAUUUCGUUUGGGGGAGCUAUGAUUUUGUAUUCAAGCCGGUUUUUGGAGAGGGGGAGAGGACGGUUCAUGAGGGUGAUGGAAAUGAUGGUGAUAACGGUAAGGGUGGAGAGGAGAAAAAGGGGUGGGUGAAUGGCCGAAAGAGAUCGGGGUCUUGGUUGAGUAGACGAAGAAGUGAGAUGGUAGUUGAUGAUGAGGAGAAGAGGUGUUUGUUGGAUAAUCUUGUCGAGGAUUCUGAAUGAGAGAUCCGGGAAAGGGUCUGGUUUGAUUGCAUGGUUUAAGGCUUAAUUUUGGGGUCGUUGCACUCUGCACAGUUUACCUGGAUACUAUAUCGACGUGGUAUGUAAUACAGGAAAAAAGGUUCCAUUACGCCCUAAGCUAAAGACACCGUACACAUACCAAAUUAGGCUACACCAUCCCGCGAGGAAGGAUCUUCUCCUUGGAUGUGUGAAUGAUUU